AUGGGAAGCAUCACCGAGGCGACGCUCCAGGAGUGGAUCGACGAAGCUGACGACGACAUGCGGGCGUGGACGGUCUUCUGCAACACGCACUGCGCGUGGAGCGUCGACGACCUCACGCCCGUCGUCGCCGCGCUGGAGAUCGACUCGAAGCCGUUCUUCGGGCCCGUGCGCCGCGCUGACGGCGUCUUCCAGCUCUACGUCGAGCUGCCCUACCACCACUACCUCGAGAUCGACUCGCUCACGUUCAACGGCACCGUCGGCACUCCCUCGGCGCGGGCCUGGGCCGACGUCGUGUAG